GUUUCUAACAAGAGCAUCAGGCAGUUCAGCUGCCCCUGGGUGACUCUCCAGAAGACAUGAUGCUCCAUUCCGCUCUGGCUCUCUGCCUCUUGCUGAUCACAGUUUCCUCCAAUCUUGCUAUUGCUAUCAAAAAAGAGAAGAGACCUCCUCAGACACUCUCCAGAGGGUGGGGAGACGACAUCACUUGGGUACAAACUUACGAAGAAGGUCUCUUUCAUGCUCGCAAAAGCAACAAGCCAUUGAUGGUUAUUCACCACCUGGAGGACUGCCAAUACUGUCAAGCUCUCAAAAAGGAAUUUGCCAAAAAUGAAGAAAUACAAGAAAUGGCUCAGAAUGACUUCAUCAUGCUGAACAUCAUGCAUGAAACUAGGGACAAGAACUUGUCUCCUGAUGGGCAGUAUGUGCCAAGGAUCAUGUUUGUAGACCCAUCUUUGACUGUCAGGGCUGAUAUAACUGGAAGAUACUCUAACAGACUAUACACAUAUGAACCCCAGGACUUACCCAUGUUGAUAGACAACAUGAAGAAAGCAUUAAGACUUAUCCAGUCAGAGUUGUAAGGAAUGAAGGAAAGAUGCUUCAACUCCAAAGAUGCUUCGACACAAACAUCUAACUCACUAACAAUCACCAAAUGUGCAAGAAAAUGGAUUUUAUAACACUACUACUUGGACCUGUGACAUGCCUGAGGUAGUUUUUAUGAAAGUAAAAUUAAGUUUUAAUAAA